UAGUCACAUUACAUGGUGAUUUUAUUGUACAUCUAUAGCGGCGUAUUUUUCAUUCGUAAACAGAUAGAGAGAGAAAAUCAAAUAUGCCGUUCGAUUUUAAAGGAAAGAAAGUACUGGUUACCGGAGCAGGAAAAGGAAUAGGACGUGGAGUUGCCGUUGCAUUAAAUAAGGCUGGCUGCAAAGUGUACGCUCUAAGUAGGACUAAAUCUACACUUGAUAGUCUAGUGGAAGAAUGUCCUGAUAUUAUACCGAUUGUUGCUGACCUUAGUGACUGGGAGGGUACGAGAGAAAAACUAGAACAGCUGGAAGUUUUGGACGGGCUUGUAAACAAUGCUGGUAUAGGAGGUCAUGACUACGCUGCUGUUAAUUGCCCUAAAGAAUACAUAAACCACGUACUGGACAACAAUUUACUUAGUGCAAUAAAUUGCUCACAGGUUGUUGCAAAGAAAAUGAUUGAAGCAAAGGUGAAAGGAUCGAUCGUAAAUUGUUCAAGCAUUUCUGGCAUAGCUGCUUUCCCAAUGGGUCUUCCAUAUGCUGUUUCAAAAGCUGGUAUGGAUAUGGUAACAAAACAGUUCGCACUGGAGCUAGGGCCUCACAAAAUACGAGUAAAUUCAGUGAAUCCCGGACUUGUCAACACGCCAUUGGUACAGAGCCUUAUCGAAAAAGGAAAAUGUUCAGUGGAAACCUUUUCAUCUAGGUCGCCGAUGGGAAGAAUUCCGACAGUAGAAGAAAUUGUUGGCCCGAUUUUAUACAUCCUUAGUGAACAUUCAGCUAUGGUCACAGGUCAGAUGCAUGUUGUAGAUGGCGGUUGUCUAUCUAAUAUUACAGUCAAAGUGUAAACAAAUGGAGUGUACAUGCAUAUGCUGAAAAAGAAUCACUGCAGUUGAAGUCUUAAGAAAUCAAGCCUCUUCGCUGCAUUUUACAUAAAGUUAAUAGUAUAAGGAUUUAUAAAAACCAAAUUGCCAAAUGAACCCUGUGGUAACUUUUUUUAUUAUGAUAUAUGUAAAAUGAAAUUGUAUUGAAGGUAUUUUGCACUUUUAUUCUUACAUUUUCUUUGAUGUAUUUUCGUAAAUUCUGCAAAAUUUCAAAACAACGAAUGAGCGUUUACAUAAUUGGAUAUCAUAAUUCAUAUUAUAAAACUAUUUUACCUGAUCUUCUUUAUAAUCUACAAGGUUGGUUUCAAAGUAAAAGCACGUUUGACAAGUUUAUCGCUAUUUUGAAGUACACGCAUAUUUAGAAUUAUAGAUAUUUUAUGUUGUCUAUAGAUAUUGUCGUGUUUAGCCCUGUCGUUGUAAUUUCCAAGCAGAUUAUAUCUUAACUAUGAAUAAUAAAUUAUUAUCUUCA